AUGCUCCCUUUCGACCCUAGAGAGUUCCACGACCAUGUGCUCAAGCUCAACGGCAUAGAAGCCGUCUUUGGAGUGCCUGACUCCACCCUAAGCGGACUGUUGAGCUACUUUGCCGCGACCCAGGAUGUGCCGCAGCAUAUCGUCCUGGCAAAUGAAGGGGGCGCGGUUGGGCUGGCCGUGGGCUACUACCUGUCUACCAGGAAAGUCGCCCUGUGCUAUUUGCAGAAUUCGGGAUAUUCCAACGCCUUGAAUCCGCUGCAGAGCCUGGCCGCCAAGGAAGUAUUUGGGACCCCGAUGCUGCUCAUGAUAGGGUGGCGUGGCAAGCCGGGGAUCAAGGACGAACCGCAGCACGCAUUGAUCGGUCCGAGGCUCCUAAGCAACCUGGAGGCCAACGAUAUACCAUACGAGCAGAUUCCUGACACAAUCGCCCAGUCCAAAGACACAGUUGCGCGUCUCAUUGCAACGUCUCUGGACAAGCAAACACCGGUCGCGUUGAUUGUGCCGCCGGGAGCAUUUUCCAAAUACGAGGGCAAGGCUCCGCUGGACAGCUCGCCCGCCAGGAGAGCAGGCCAUGUAGCAGCAACAAGAUGGCUGUCCUCUGCUUCGGACUUCGGACUCUCUCGCGAACAAGUCGUCCGAAGUGUCCUCGCGCAUAUGAAGGACACAGACGUCUCCGUCUCUUCACUGGGUGGGAACUCUCGCGAGCUAUACAUGGUCCGCAAGGCGAGAGGAGAGUCGCUCGGGAGCAAUUUCUUCUGCAUCGGAGCCAUGGGUCAUGCCUUUGCUGUUGCGAACGGUGUCAGGAUGGGAGCCCCUUCCAGCCGUCGGCUAUUUUGCAUCGACGGUGACGGAUCUUUUCUCAUGCAUGUCGGGAACAAUGCCGUUCUGGCCGACAUAUCGCAGCCGGGUAUAGUCCAUGUCGUCAUCUUCAACGGAGUGCACAGCUCGACUGGGAGCCAGCCUCUCACGAUAAGCAGGAACGCAUUCCUUGCCAUGGCCGAGGGCCUCGGCUACCAGCAAAAGUUCUUCGUGGACGAGGCAAACGGAUUGGAGAGGGCCUUGCAGCAGUCAUCGGGCGGUGGAAGUGCACUCAUUGUCGUUGUCGCAAAUACUUUGGUUUCUGACAGCCUUCCGCGACCGUCCGAAUCUCCAUAUGAGCUCAGAGACAUGUUCAUGAAAACCCUUGCCUAG